CCGGCCUUGGUGACGUGCGCGGCCCCGCCUCCCUCUCCUGCUCUCGCCAUGAUCUGCUUGGUGCUGACCGUCUUCGCGCACAUUUUCCCCGCCGCCUGGACGGGGAUUAACGAGCGCACCUUCUUAGCCAUAAAGCCCGAUGGCUAUCAGCGGCGCCUGGUUGGCGAGAUCAUCAGACGUUUCGAGAAGAAGGGCUUCCAGCUGGUCGCCAUGAAAUUAAUGCAGGCGUCGGAGACUCUCUUGAAGGAUCAUUACGUCGCUCUGCGGGACCGUCCGUUCUAUGAUCGCCUGGUGAAGUAUAUGGGCUCCGGACCUGUGGUGGCCAUGGUCUGGCAGGGCCUGGACGUGGUGAAGACUGCCCGCCUGAUGCUUGGCGAGACCAAUCCAGCCGACUCAUUGCCGGGCACCAUUCGCGGAGAUUUCUGUGUGGACGUCAGCAGGAACGUGAUCCAUGGCAGCGACUCCAGAGAGAGCGCGCAGCGCGAGAUUUCUCUCUGGUUCAGACCCGACGAGAUUGUCUGCUGGCAGGACCACGCCGAGAGCUGGAUCUACGAGUAAACUGAGUGCGGAGCUGUUUCAUAUUACCAAGGGCUUUUUCUGUUAGGAUCAAAUCUAAGGGUUCCGUUACACGUGAAGCGUUCCUUCCCGGCAAUCGCCUGCACGCUAGCGGGGGAGACCGCUGCUAUUACAUGCAGCAAUCUCCUCCUUAGUAUGGGGAAGAGGGAUCGCUAAUGCCAUCGCUCAUCCUCAUCCUGAAUCAUUGUUUGCCGGCAGCAGAUGGUAAUUAUACAGCACGAUCUGCCGCCAACAACCAAGGAUUUUUAAACCUUCUAAAGAUUACAUUUUACCCCAUGAAAGAAUGUUUGCUCGUUCAUCUGGUAAUCAUCGGCAGUAUUACACUGCCAGAUCAUUGCUAACGAGCGUUACUAUGAAUCUUCACGAUUAUCUUCUAGUGUGAUAGGGUCUUAAGGGGGGAAAACAUGAAUGUAAGGGGUAUCAGAUUAGGCAACGUUUACCCCGGGGCAUUUAUUCUGAGUUCCGUCCACAAAGCACUUAUAUCUUAUGUGUCCCCUGAUUGGUAUUGAGUCUUGGUCAAUCUUAAGUGCGCCGUCACUCUCUUGGGGAAAAUAUGAAAUAGGGCCGUGGGCAUAAGGCCUCACUCAGGCGGCCAUAUUGCACCUCUGUAGUAUUUUGGCUGUAGCACUCGGACUCCCUGAGGUUCUGCUGAAGUGAACAGAGCAUGAGUCAGCAGGAUCAGAUCAAACCUGCUGCCUGGUAGUGUUGAUCCUGCUGAUUAAAAUAAUACCUUUCUUUAAAAUCCAUGUCUACGUUUAUGAGGAGGGUUUAGUGCACCAAGGGGUGUGUCCUGCCCCCUCCACACGCCUCAGCCCCUCCGCUACUCCCCAAUCUUCAUGCCAGGCAACCCCUAUCUUUCCUGGCCCUGUAAUACUGCGCACGCGCCAUUGACUCUUAAAGCAUGUGCAGCUAGGGUCUCGGCGUUGGAAUAAGCCGACCAGUGUAUGGUGCAUUUGCCAAUUGAUAGUUCAGGAGGACAGAAGACUUUAACAAGAGGUAUCUGUUUAAUUAGCAACAUCAACCCUAUUGGGCUGUAUGUCUGGUUUGAUGGGGUUGAUCCUGCUGACUAGAUGUUAUUUUUUUUUUAAGGCGUCCUAUAUCCCUGUGGUUCCAUAAGUUCAGUUCAUUAGAAUCGUGAGAGGAGUCUGAAUGUUACCACCAAAUGAUGGGCCCCCAGUCAUGAGGCAUAAGCCGUUCUUGUGUAAAGCAGCACGGGUGAGCAGCCACGUUCAUCACGUGGAAGGGGUGGUGGUAGGCAGCAGUACAACUUCACACAAGAAGUUAGCUGCUAUAUUCGUUUUCUUUUAAGAUGCAUUAAAGGGUCCUAUACAUCUAGAUACGCCCCACUGCCCAUUUCCCUCCAUGAGGCUGGAGGUGUCUUUUAACCCUUCAAAUAUCUAGCGAUAUGGGAUAAGUUAAGUCCUCCAGGUCUCCCUAUCCGGCCCCCCCCCCAUAUGCCCUAAUUGACAGCCCCAUCCUUGUCCCACGUCUUUAGCAUCCACACCGCCUGUGCCCAGCGUGUGCGCACUACGCUUUCUGCCAUAGGUAAUGACCCCGAGGACAUACUGUGUGUGCGCCAGUUUUCUAGGUGGUUACCAGGUAGAAAUAGGCUGGUGCUGUUAGUCACGGCAAAAAGAGAGCAGUUGCCCAGAUGGGCACUGCUGCUGCGGCCACAUGUCUUUGCACUGAAUGGACACCUAGGUAAUAUGUCUGGGGGUCGAUUUUAUUUUUUUGGCUUACUCCCUAAUGAUGUUUACAGCGGGAUUAUAUCUCAUCCCCUACUUGAAUGUCGCUGUCCUCCCAGCCAGACUGACUGCAGUAACGGCCGCACAGGCCUGAUCACUACCAUUGUCUUGAUUUUAUAUUUUUAAAUCCUCCUCUUCACUCUUAGGGUAACGCUUGAAUGUAUUAGUUUUGUAGAACCUCCAUAUUAUCUUGCUGCUCGCCGCAGUCAGGGUAAGCUGAGAGCCCCAGAUCCAUGGGUUGUCACCAUCAUUUAUAAGCCAACAGCAAGGCUGUAUGUCAGUGUCAUCCUGGGCAAAAUGUCAAAUUCUGCCUGCGCAUCGGCCCUUUUGAAACCUGCCACUCCCGUAAAAGUUUUGCAUCCCUUUAAGGCCGAAUGCACACGGCUGUGAGCGAUCCGUGGAACCACGGGCUGGAUUCCUGCUGAGAGCAGGAGCGCAUGCCUUCCGUGGUUGCUAUGACGCCGUGCGCUCCCUGCUGCCGCCGCAAUACAGUAAUACACUGGUGCAUUCGGCCUAAGUAGUUGUACAGAAAAAAUGGCUACUUUCUU